GGGAGGGAGGUGUGCAGCAAUUUCCUGUAGCUGCGUUUACAUCUGCGCCUCUCAACCUUCCCCUCCGAGUCUGUAUCUGUCAGUGAGUGAAGAGCACGGGGCGAAGCUGAGCGGAACAGGAUGCAGGCUAUCAAAUGUGUGGUCGUGGGAGAUGGAGCUGUGGGUAAAACAUGUCUUCUCAUCAGCUACACAACCAAUGCCUUCCCCGGGGAGUACAUUCCUACUGUAUUUGACAACUACUCAGCUAAUGUGAUGGUGGACAGCAAGCCAGUCAACCUGGGCCUCUGGGAUACAGCUGGACAGGAAGAUUACGACAGGCUCCGCCCCCUGUCCUACCCACAGACGGAUGUUUUCCUGAUCUGCUUCUCCCUGGUGAGCCCAGCGUCCUACGAGAACGUCAGAGCUAAGUGGUUCCCAGAGGUUCGCCACCACUGCCCCUCCACGCCCAUCAUCCUGGUGGGCACCAAGCUGGAUCUGAGGGACGAGAAGGAGACCAUCGAGAAGCUGAAGGAAAAGAAGCUGGCGCCGAUCAGCUACCCACAGGGCCUGGCUCUGGCUAAGGACAUAGAUGCGGUGAAGUACCUGGAGUGCUCAGCCUUGACCCAACGUGGUCUGAAGACCGUGUUUGACGAGGCCAUCCGGGCCGUCCUGUGCCCCCAGCCCACGAGGGCAAAGAAGAAGCCCUGCACACUGCUGUAAACGAUUCUUGCAGAACAACAGAGGAAAAGACAAAGGCAUACAGACUGCUGACCCUGGUUUUUAAGAGGAUUUGAAAGUUCUAUCUAUCUAAUAUCUAUUAAACUACAACGAUCUUAAAAGUAAUGUGUUGUAGCUAAACAGUAGUAAACCUUUCUGUACAGCAUCCCUAGAGGUGGAUUUUUUUUCUUUCGUUGUUGUUGUUGUUGACGUUUUUUUUUAAAGCGCAUUAUAAAUGCUGCAGCAGACAGGAAACCAAUCUACCAACUGCUCCAGUAUUCCCACCAGAGAUUCAUCCACGAGCUUAAGUGGAAGACCAGGAGCCAGCUUUAUGUAAAGUAGCAAACUUCCAGCACACCGAAUUUCGCAAGACGCCUUUAUAGGCUGUCAAAAACCUAUGGGCAGCCUAUAAAGGCGUCGUGUGAAAUUUCACUUAAUAAGAACAACAUCUGUGCAAUAUGCACCGUGUUUUAAUGAGAUUAGUUCAUGGCGUUUUUUGGGGUUUUUUUUGUUCGUUUUUUUUGUUUCGAGAGUGAUGAACAAUGAGAAAACAUGCAGAUCAGGAACGGUAUUUCUUUGUGAGCAGGGAGUCAAACAACGUCGCGUUGGAAAUUAAAUUGUUACGAAUGUAUUUUUUCUUGUGCUAUUGCAAUAAAAGAUCUUUGAUCAGAUCAAAA